UUUUUAUUUGUGUCAUUUGUAUGUGUUGUGAAAAGCCAGGAUGAAGAAGUUAAGGAAUUGGCCGAAGCGCGUGGAAAAGGAAAAUAUGCAUUAUUCAUUCACUUCUUCUACGUUGUGGCGAUAAAGCUGUUUAUACUGAAGGUCGUGUACGGGAUUAUAUUUUAUGCGCUGCUAACAAAGGGCUGGCACUUUUUUAUAUGGUUUAUACAUUAUUUGAAGGAGAAGAAGCACCCGCAUUACAUCGAGCACGAUCACGAGCCUUAUGAUAAUUAUCACAGUUCUUACGAUCACGACUAUCAGCCGUAUCAUGGUUAUAGUAAAUUGAGCUAUGGCGAAGUGGAUCAUGGUUUUUAUAAGAAGAGAAUUUACGACUCUGAUGGAUCGUACGCUGUAAAAAGUUAG